CACACCCUAACCCUCCACCCACAAGAGAACUCUGGUGAUAAUUCGCUUGUAAUAUCUCAUGUAAGGGGAGGGAAAAGAGGAGGAGAGAAAGAGGAGAGAGAAGGGUUUGUUUGCUCAGCCAACUCUCUCCCCCUCUCUCUUUAGUGGCUCUGGAUUUGCCUUUUUCCUUAAUAUUUUGUUGAUGUUGUGGCAUUCCCCAGCUGGUUUGCGGUGACCUAACAGGAACAAGACGGAGGCGUUUGUGGGACCUCGGAGCCAUGGAAAGCAAAGGACCUUGGGAUGCGGAAUCCAGUGGGAUUAUGGUUGUGCCAGCAGUAGAAGAAAAGCCAGGAGAGAGGAAGGAUGAACUCAAGGAUAGAGGACAGUGGACCAACAAAGUGGAGUUUCUACUGUCUGUGGCUGGAGAGAUCAUUGGUCUGGGCAAUGUAUGGAGAUUCCCUUAUCUCUGCUACAAGAACGGAGGUGGUGCCUUCUUCAUCCCAUACCUCAUAUUCCUCUUUGCUUGUGGGAUCCCAGUAUUCUUGCUGGAGACAGCCCUUGGGCAGUAUACCGGUCAGGGUGGGAUCACUGCCUGGAGACGGAUCUGCCCUAUCUUUGAAGGAAUUGGCUAUGCUUCCCAAGUCAUCGAAUCGUUCCUGAAUGUCUACUACAUCAUCAUAUUGGCCUGGGCCCUGUUCUACCUAUUUAACUCCUUCGCUGCUGUUCUACCCUGGGCCAGCUGCAGUAAUACCUGGAACACAGCUCUUUGUGUGGACUUUCUGAACAGCUCGAGUUCGGAGGACAAUAUCAUGCCAGCUAACGCCACCUCUCCAGCCAUUGAGUUCUGGGAGAGGAGAGUUUUGGGAAUAACGGAUGGGAUACAUAAUCUGGGCACCGUGAGGUGGGAACUGGCUCUCUGCCUUCUGCUGGCCUGGAUCAUCUGCUACUUCUGCAUCUGGAAAGGAGUCAAGUCCACUGGCAAAGUGGUCUACUUCACUGCCACAUUUCCUUACCUGAUGUUGAUUGUUCUGCUGGUUCGAGGAGUCACUCUUCCUGGUGCAACCGAAGGGAUUCUCUUCUAUUUGAAGCCAGACAUUUCAAGACUAGCAGAUCCCCAGGUAUGGAUGGACGCAGGCACUCAAAUCUUCUUCUCUUAUGCCAUCUGCCAGGGGUGCCUCAUAGCUUUGGGCAGCUACAACAAGUACAACAACAAUUGCUACAGGGAUUGCUUUAUGCUCUGCUUCCUGAAUAGUGCCACCAGUUUUGUGGCUGGCUUUGCCAUCUUCUCCGUGUUGGGCUUCAUGGCACAUGAACAGGGUGUGCCCGUCUCAUAUGUGGCUGAAUCAGGUCCUGGCUUAGCAUUUAUUGCCUACCCAAAAGCUGUCACCAUGAUGCCUGUGUCUCAGAUCUGGGCCUGCUUGUUCUUCCUUAUGCUGAUCUUCUUGGGACUGGACAGUCAAUUUGUCUGUGUCGAGAGCUUGGUGACAGCCAUUGUUGACUUGUUCCCGGACAUCUUCUGUAAGAAAGGACGUCGGGAGAUGCUGAUCCUGGGCAUUGCAGUGAUCUGCUACUUGAUUGGCUUGCUACUGGUCACUGAGGGUGGAAUGUACAUCUUCCAGCUGUUUGAUUAUUAUGCAGCCAGUGGAACAUGCCUGCUUUUCCUCGCUAUCUUUGAAGUCGUCUGCAUUGGAUGGGUUUAUGGAGCAGACCGUUUCUAUGACAACAUCGAGGAUAUGAUUGGCUACCGACCAUGGCCCUUGGUUAAAGUGUGCUGGCUCUUUCUCACACCUGGAGUUUGUCUGGCCACCUUCCUGUUUUCACUCAUUAGGUACGCACCGCUCACGUAUAACCAAGUAUACGAAUAUCCGCCAUGGGGUAUUGCUGUGGGCUGGUUGAUGGCGCUGUCCUCUAUUAUCUGCAUCCCGUUGUACGCUGUGUUCAUCCUCCUGAAAACCAAAGGAUCAUUAAAAGAGCGGUUACGCCAGCUCACUUCUGCAGCAGAGGACUUGCCCCAGCCCAAGAAGCACCUGAUUGCCUUAUCUGGACAGUACUUCAAGCCGGGAGGUCAACAUCCAUGCAAGGAUGUGCUCAUCACCACAGAGAAGGAAACCAACUUCUAGACCUCCCAGGGAAGAACUUCUUUACCUUCUGGAGACAUCUCUCCUUAUUCCUUUUGUCUUCUGCUUACAUCUGGGAUGAGUUGCUGCUCAGGGUCUCUUAAGAUGCCAGCACCUUCUUCCCUUUGCAUUUACUUAGCAUACAGACUGGAACAGGGCCAAUGGAACAGUCACUGUACAGGUGAAAAAUUGUCUGUGAAGGGUCCAGAGAAAACCUGAAUUCCUGUUUACUGGCAGUGCUAGGGGACUGAACCUGGCAUAUUGUGCAUGCAACACAGGUGCUUUAACCACUGUGCUAUACACUCCUCCCCAUUUAUAAGAAAUAAAUUAGCAGCAAGAUGUCGGAAAAGACAGUGAAUAAAGCUAGCCAGUUCAAGUUCCCAGUGACUUCCUGAAAGUUUCUUCCACUGCUAGCUUAACUCCCUGGCAAAAACAUUUCACGUUCCUUGAACACCUGAAUCUUCAGCCAUAUCUGCAUGACCUAACUGCAGGAAUUGUAGCAAAUUUGGUGGAUUACUGUUGCGUUGUUUUUAAAUUUGAAAUUCACAAAGAUCUCUGCUGUAGGUGAGAUUCCUUUUUUUGUUUUUAUCUUAAGAAGAGUGGCAACAAUCCUCAUUUGGAUGUAGAAACCAGAGCUUGAUCACUCAGCCUCUCCCAUUACGCAGGAGGCCCUGGAGGGGGGAAAGGCGAUAAAUUGGAAGCAAGAUGAGUUUGUCAGAAAAAGAGCAUGUCAAAGCCACUUAAUAUCUUUCUCUUUUUUCCCCCUUUGAGAAGAGACUAGUGCAGAAAGGAAAUGGAGCAGGCAGACAGUAUUUCAGCUUGAAUA